AUGAGGGAUGAGAUGAGUAGAUUUGUGACCAGGCUCGCUGAUCUAGUAAGGGAGGAAUAUCGUAUGACCAUGUUACAUGAUGAUAUGAGCCUAGAUAGACUCAUGGUGUAUACACAAUUAAUUGAAGAUUCUAAACUAGGAAGGAUCACUAGGAACUUGAAAAGAAGUGGUUCAAGUUUUCAAGGUCAAUCUAGGUUCAAGAAGAUUUCUCAAGGUCAAGUGGAACCUAGGAGUUAUAAGGUGAAAUUUGAGGAAGAAGGUGGUUCUCAAAAUGGCAAACCUACGUGUGUCAGUUGUGGAAAGAGGCACUAUGGGGAAUACCUAAGGUGUACCGGUAGUUUCUUUAGUUGUGGUAAGGAAGGAAAUCUGUUGAGAGAUUUUCCUACCAUUGGCUCUAGGGGAAGAGAGGGUAAACAAGUUUCUCCUAUUGUUCAAAAGGAUGAUGCUUCAAAUAAGAGGCGUUUCUAUGCACUUUGGCCUAAAGGAGCAAAGCCGGAUGAGGAGGAGGAUGAUGGUAAGUCCUUGUAUAUCUUUAGUGGUAUGAGUUAUUUCUAUGUGGAAGAGUAUGGUGUGUUUUAUUGA